AUGGAAGGAGUUCUACGGGUGUUAGAAAGGAUUGGGAAUGUGCUGGAUAUGCAAGCUCAAGGGCGUGACAAUGUGGCAGCCCAGGCUGCUGAGAUGGUAGCCGCCGCUGCUGUGAAUGAGAAUCAGGCCAAUCCAGGGCAAGCCCAACCAGCAGGGGUUAGACUGAUGCCCCAUCUAGUGGAGCAAUUUAUGAAACUGAAGCCGCCUAAGUUUCAUGGUCGUGAUGACCCCGAGACUGCGCCAAGAUGGGUGGAAGAAUUAGAGAAAAUUUUUAAGGUUCUGGGGUGCACCGAUGAGGAAAAGGUGACAUUGGCGGUUUACCAGUUGCAGGAUGGUGCAAAUGACUGGUGGAAUGCCACGGAAGGUAGGGUAUUUCCGGAAGGAACGGCCCAGACUUGGGCUGCAUUUGUUGAAAGCUUUUAUGAGAAGUACUUUUCGGAGACUGCCCAAGAAAAGAAGAUAAUGGAAUUUAUGAGAUUACGCCAAGGUCAGAUGACUGUCGACCAAUAUGAAGCGGAAUUUGCCAGGCUAGCGAAGUUUGCACCGACCAUGGUAGAAAAUUCGCGAGAUAGAACUCGGAGAUUCCGGGAUGGACUCAAGCCGAAUCUUCGGAGUCAGAUAUUAUCUCAUGAUAUUAAAGAGUAUGGGGAAAAAUAUUUCCCGGAAAAUGUUGAAGAAAGGGGACUGACGGAGUUUAUGUGA